GCCGCCAGUAAUGUCGGCGAUGAUGGCGGGAGAUGUGGCUGUUGAGAGGAAGCUGCCGCACCGGCCUUUCCUGAUCGCUGUUAGCGGCGGCACCGCCAGCGGCAAGAAAUAAAGAAAAUUCUGCAAGGUCCACAAACUUGCUAGCACCACUGUAUGUUACCAAAUACAGUACUACAAAUGGAAUUUACAGCAAAAACCAUAUGUUCACAAAGACUGACAAAAUAACAUGCAAAAGAAAACAAAAUGUGCAAAUGAAAAUAAUACUGAGAACAUAAGUUGUAACAAGUCCUUGAAGUCAUCUGUGUGUCAGAAGAUUGUUGAGCUGCUGGGACAGAACAAAGUGGAUCAAGACCAGAGGCAAGUGGUAAUCCUGAGCCAGGACAGCUUCUACAAGGUGCUGACUCCCGAGCAGAGGAUGAAGGCCAGUAAAGGGCAGUAUAACUUCGACCAUCCAGAUGCAUUUGACAAUGAGUUGAUUCUCCGCACGCUCAAGGACAUUAUUAACGGACGGACGGUGCCAAUUCCAGUUUAUGACUUUGUUAAUCAUUCACGGAAGCCAGAGAUGGUGCCAGUUUAUCCUGCGGAUGUGGUUCUUUUCGAGGGCAUUCUGGUUUUCUAUUCCCAGGAGAUCAGGGACUUGUUCCACAUGAAGCUGUUCGUGGAUACAGAUGCUGAUACUCGUCUCUCUCGCAGAGUUUUGCGAGACAUCAAUGAGAGGGGCCGUGACUUGGAACAGAUUUUGACGCAGUACACUACAUUCGUCAAGCCUGCCUUUGAGGAGUUCUGCCUUCCGACCAAGAAAUAUGCUGAUGUUAUUAUCCCCAGGGGAGUUGAAAAUCUCGUUGCCAUCAAUCUGAUUGUGCAGCAUAUUCAGGAUAUCCUGGCCGGUGGCCUGACCAAACGCAAUGGUUACGUGAAUGGACACACCAUACUACGCACCCGCCACGCCUCAGAGUCCAGUACCCGGCCGCACUGAUCCCAGACAGCAAAGACGGGGAGAGACCAUCACUUGUUUACUUCCUCACAGUCGGAGUUUUACCUUGUGACUGACGAUGCUACUUCUUCCUCACUUAAAAAGAGUCUCAUUUUACUGUGGCCCUGGGUUUUCCCUCGUCUCUAGGUGCUGUUGGCAGCAAGUGAAUGGGAACAUUGAUCGUUGGUUGGGAUAUACCGUCUGCAACUCUGGAACCAAGGGUAUCGUCAUCGUUGACUUGCUUUCCAUAGUGUUUCACUCUGGGGAGAGGGGUGGAGCAUUUGUGGUAAAUAACGCCCUUCUUCUUGGUCUGGGGACUUUACCCCAGGAUGUGUGCCAUUGUGAUAUAAUUUGGGUCUUCUCAGACUGGUGAUUAUAGGUGUUUGAUUAUCUGUAUUAUAGGAUUGAGCCACCCCAUACUGCCCUGUAUGUGAUGGUUAUAUUCAGUGAAUUGACUGGAACAGGUAGCCAUUUUGUUCGGAGCAAAUUCCUAGUGCACAAGGAGACCCUGAAAUAAAUGUCAUAUUUGGCUCAGCUGAGCCAAGAAAUGAUUGUGCCACGUAAACUGUUCUUGUGUGGACUUGGUACAGGAGAGUGUGACUAGUGUCAUUAAUUUGCUUGUCUGUAUGUGCAUGCACACAUGCAUCCCAGCAGCACUUCCUAUCCCUGCUGCAGGCUGCAAUAAUUGCCUUCCAUUCAUUCGCAUUUGAUAGAUAAAUCCUUUCUAAAAUACAGCCCCAUGAAUGUGCACCGGGAGAACAGGGCUUUGAGUAGCUGCAGUGAAACAAGCUUUGCUCAAGCUGUGAAGUCUUGCACUUUGGUGAAUGAGUUCAGUUACCAUUGUCUAAAGUCGGAAAUUCUGGCUUCAUUUUGUCUCUCCCCCGGUUCCUGGAAGUGCUGUGUUUUGCUGGUGCACAUUUGCCUUUUGUGUGACAUGUUACAAGGCUUUUUUAAAAAUUCAGUCGUGACAGUGUUGGCACAGGCAAUGGGAUGGGCCUGGAUCAUUUACAGUACCUACUUGGAGAAACUCAACUGGCAAGAAUUCUGGCUGGUUGGCUCAGUGUUUCUAAGCCCUUUGUGGCUGUUUGUAUUAUCUGGAUAUAUUCAUGGGGUCACUGGAGGAGCCCAGCUGCAUCAGUUGAAUAAAAGGUUGCUGCUGAUAGUUUAAUGUUUGUGAUUCUAAGGCUGGAAUCUCCUUGGGAUUUUUCUAUAACGCAAAAUUCUGGUGGGAACGUCUGCCUGUCUUUGAGUUGCAGCUCUCUGGUCUUUGUUGCAGCCCCACCAUCCAAAGGUUCAGUGGGACUUAUAUAGCAAAAUGAAAAACUUUAUUAGCUUGGCAGUAGUCUCUGAAGAACAGCUUCCAGGUCUGUCCUGGGCUUGUAGUGUCAGAUGCUGUGAAGAGAGUGUUUAACUGUGGAGAUUGCAAAGCUGUGUAAAAUCAAGCCUCCAGUUUUCCAGGAAUUCAUCCUCUGACUGGGUCAUACAAACUCAUCACUGGAAUUCCCUGAAAUAGUCACGAGGAAUGGGGCAUGGGGAAAUAGUUAAGGGGCUUUGAGGGGUGCCUGGUGUAUUCCACGUUUUAUGCGGUAAGUCGAUAACAAACUGUCAAAUUCCUUGAAAUGGGAAUGUUUUGUUUAAGAGUUUCAAGUAGAUGCAAUGCUGCAAUUUAAGGCAUUCUGAGCUCGCACUAAUCCAAGCCUGUUUGCCUCUAGAUGUCAAUUCAUUCCUUCUCUGAUCUCCUUGUGGCUCAAGGAUAUUUCUGAAUUGUCUAAUUUCAGUUCCCUAAAUCCACCACUGUUCUGGAUGAAGCGUAAUCUCUGAACAUCGUUUAAUUAGUAGUUGGGAUUCACCAGUUGCCUGGAUUCCAUUGCACUUUCUAUAAUCAUGUAGUUUUUUUUUGAUUGUGUGUUUGGGAGAGUGCCAGGACUUCACGGGAUGUUUUUCCAACAGCUGUUGCGUAUUUCUCUGUUCAUUGGUCUACUGCCUGACACUGAACAGCAACCUUGCACUUAAUAAAUAUUACUUGAACUUUAUUGAACUGACACAAUAUUUAAGGAUAUGUCUGUGGCGUACGUGGUGAAUAUGCACUGAGCAAUGAGGUGAAAAGACCAAGGUUUAAUGUUGUGUGAUUCAUGCAGCUUGAUUUAUGUAAUCUAUUUGUUCAUUACUACUCACGGUGAAGGAUGAACUGAAAGUGUUCGUUUCCAUCAGAUGUUUAUUUUUAGUAUAUGUACUGUAUAUUAACUUAAAAGGAGUUAACUCAAUAAAAGGCUAAGGCUUGCAACACUGCUAACACCUGGCUGUUGGUA